AGUCUUUGAAUGCAGCAGAGUGGUUUCAGCGCCAAACGACAGCGCGCAAUUCUUAUAUUCAGUCUACGAGUCCUUCAUCGACAAAAGAUGGCUGUAGAGUUAAAAUCUUUAAAUAUUUAAAACCAUAGGGCUGCUGUUAUGUUUAAGAAUAAGUCUGCCUGGUUUUCCAGCAGCGUGACAAAGUCAUGUCACAACUUCUGGAUGGAGGGUGGUGCCAUUGCUGGCUGGAGAGAAGCAGAUUACCUUUUCAGUGAGGAUGCUGCAUGUGCUGAUACACUGAGAAUAUUCGAGAGCAAAGAUUAUCUCUGGAACAAGGUUGUGGUUUUUCACAGCUUGUUUCUAUCUGCGUGUGAGAAGCGCCACAGCGUGAGGUCUAUGUGCAUUGGUCACUAUGUGCUGCCUCCGGCUUCCGUGCAGGAAGAGGUGAGACAUGUGGUCGGGAGGUUGAUUUGGGAGUGUGAGGGUGAGCAGUCAGCGGUGAAGGGUUUCCGUCAGAGGUUUAGUAUGCACACAGAGAACGAACACAGGGAAGUCAGCAAAAGCGAUUCUGAACGAUCUGAUGACACAGAUUCAUCCGACAGUGAAGCCCCUCUACGUGCUCAAUAUCCAGUUAGCAACACGCUCUCCGGCUAUGUCGGCAUUGACAAAUUGCAGAAAUAUUCAGGUGAUCUGUGUGAGUUCCAGCCCGGAUGUUUCAGAUGCUCCAACUGUAAAGCCCACUGCUGCCUGCCACACACUUGAGCAGAGCAGAGAAAAACGCCUUAAUAGAUGAGCAAGUAGCAGAUGUGACUGUUCCUCAUAUUCCAGUUUUAAGCUGCAGUUUACUUAUUUUGGUUGUGUAUUUUGCAGGCGUUGCCUUGCACAUGUGCGUGUGUGUUGUAGAUGUAUACACUGACACAAAAUAAAUAAGUGACAUACAAGUGUAAGAUCUACAAAUUGCUU